CCUAAUAAACAUUAUAUGGUAUGCCUGCCAUUUGCUCACGUGAUUUCUAGCAAAUGCUAACAGAUGUAGGCGGAAAUCAAUACCGACCGUACAUUCGUCUGAUUUUGGGACAAGGGUGUAUCAGCUUCACUACUUUCUUCGUCGAGUUAACCAUGGAGGACUCGGAGAUCAGGUUUCAUGUCUCUGAAACAUUUGAUGAUCCUAACCCAUUAGUGCUAAAUGGCAGUUCGAUCACUUCUUUCUCUUCUUCGGGAAGCCGUGAGUCAGAUGUGCAAGAAUUAAUUAAACGUGAGGAAAAAAAUCUAGAACAAUUGAAGGUUGAAGAAGGCAGAGCGAACACAAAAAAGACAUGCCAGCUCAUGAACAAACUUGAUGCUGAGAAGGAGCUAGAGAUGUUACAGAAAAAAGUAGCAUCAUUAAGUGAAGAAAAGAAGCAAAAGGAGAGAGAAUUUCAGGAAGUGAAAGACUCAUACAUGAAAAAAAUAAACAAGCAGAAGCAAUGUAACAGUGAUACCAACAAGCGGAUUGCAGAGCUCAAGGAUACAAUUAGGAAGAAAAGGCAAAUAUGUGAAGAGCAAAAGAGAGAGUUUUUGAUAAAAGCAAAACUAAACCAGAAGAAUGUGAGAUAUAUACGUAAAGACAGAGAUAUCAGCUGUGACCACUCGGAUGAUGCUCUUUGUAGUAUCCAGUGCAGUUUUUUUAUUACUCCACUGCAUGCAUUCUCUGUAAAAGGAGGACAAGCAUUAAUCACAUUUGAAGAAGAAAGUGUUGCUGAAAAGAUUUUGAAAAUGCGUAAACAUGAAGUUUCAUUGGAUGAUGGAAGGAUGGCGGUGAAAGCCUUACCAGUUAAACUAGAUGUUGCAGCAAAAUUUGAGAUAAGUAUGGAUAUUUCUCGAAAGAAAGUCAAAGUCGAUGGAAUUCCUGAUCUGCCUGUAGGACAAGAGAAAGACAAGCUUGAGCUGAACUUUUACAAGCCUAGUAGAGGGGGUGGAGAAAUAGAGAAUAUUGAGUACGACAGAGAAACUGGAAGUGCCAUUAUUACUUUUGCAGAAGCUGGAAUUGCUGAACGGCUUAGUAGCCAGGAGGAAUACAAGCUAAACAUCAAUGGGGAAUGUCACUCAGUUCGUGUUUCAUCAUGUAAAGAAGUGCAGUUGGAAAAAUUUCAGACAUUCUCCGGGACAUCAAAAAAGACUGUUCUGCUGUCUGAAAUUAAAGACCUUGGUGAUUCAGAAGAUUUGCAGGAUAUGAUUGAGAUCCAUUUCCAAAAACCUAGUAAUUAUGGUGGCGAGGUUGAAGCCAUCAAGUUUGUUCCACAGGAGAAGAGUGCUACAGUUUAUUUUGAGGAAGAUGUUGAUGUUGCAUAACAUGCUGACGUCUCAAGUUCUUUGCUCAAGAUUCUGGACAAAGACAAAAAUAAUGGGGGGAGGGCAAAGGCCCAAAAUCAGGGACAAAUUUUAAAUAUUAUUGUAAUUCACUUAAAAAGUUAACAGGUUUUGUAUCAACAUGCAUUUCUUGAACAGUAAGUAUGACUUGCUAAUUAAUGUCUGUGAUUACUUACUGACUGUAAUGUUUAGUGAUUUAGCAGUAAAUCAGAAAUUACUAAGGAGUAUGGUAAAUAUAUGAGGCAGAAUCAGGGACAUUUAUUUCAAAGGCAUGCUGAGAGCUGUUUAAGAGAACAGUACAUCUUCAGAAUCUUCUUGUUCUCAUGUUUGUAGUGUUUUGGAUCAGUGUGACAUUUAACAUUUAAAACUUUCUUUCAUUCUUGUAAUCAGGUGUGUAGCCAGGAUUUUUAAAAUUAUACACCAGUUUGCAUAUUGUUCUCCUUUUCCCAUGUAAAUGAUAUAAAUACUAAAUGAUAUUUAGUUAUUUAGAGA